CAGUUGGUGGGUCUCCUCAGUUUCCACGCACAACCAAUACCCACCUCUUUGUGUUCCCCUUCUUCCUUCUUCAGAUGUACAACUUCUAACCGAUGAGAAAAGAGUGAUUUCAUCGAUCGUUUAGAGAAAAAACAAGAGUUGGGUGAGAGAAAAUCAUACACUACUAUAUAUGUGUAUAUAUAUUUAUUGAGAGAGAGAGUCAUAAACAGAGAGAGAGAAAUCCACACAAUAGGAAUUGUUUUUCUGUUUUGAUCUCAUCUUCACCGAGCUACAGCUUUCUGUGUAGCUCGAUUUGGUAUUAAAUUGGACCUGUUUCUGACUUUCUUUGCCAAAGUUGACUCAAGAUAGGAAUGAGUUUCGUUGUAGUUUAGUUAUUAAUUUGGUUAAACAAAAGAAGUAAACAAUGUCUUGGAAGAGCAGAGGAGUAGAUUCAAAUUCAAGGACUGUUUUAUCUCAAAAAUUGACUCUUUUUCUUUGUUUUGGAUGCUUCUGUGCUGGGAUGCUCUUCACUGACAGAAUGUGGAAAAUGCCAGAAGCUAAAGGCAUGUCAAGGACAGCAGGAAUUGAAGAUGAAAGGCUAAACUUAGUCUCCGAGGGUUGUGAUCCAAGAACAGAUGCAAAAAGGGAGUCAAAGGACAUUUUAGGGGAAGUUUCCAAGACACAUAAUGCUAUACACACACUGGAUAAAACAAUUUCAAAUCUGGAGAUGGAAUUGGCUGCUGCAAGGGCUGCACAGGAUUCUAUACUUAGUGGCUCCCCUUUAUCUGGAGACCUGAGGAUUACAGAACCGACUGAGAAAAGAAAAUAUCUAAUGGUUAUCGGCAUUAACACUGCUUUUAGCAGUCGUAAGAGAAGAGACUCAGUGCGUGCUACUUGGAUGCCUCAAGGUGAUAAACGGAAGAAGCUUGAGGAAGAAAAGGGCAUCAUAGUUCGAUUUGUAAUAGGUCACAGUGCUACAUCAGGUGGUAUUCUCGAUAGAGCAAUUGAAGCAGAAGACAGGAAGCAUGGAGACUUCUUGAGGCUGGAACAUGUUGAGGGAUACCUUGAACUGUCUGCCAAGACGAAGUCAUAUUUUGCCACUGCCGUUGCUCUGUGGGAUGCAGAUUUCUACGUCAAAGUUGACGAUGAUGUACAUGUAAAUAUAGGAACUCUAGGAGCAACCUUGGCUAGGCAUAGGUCAAAAUCCAGGGUUUAUAUUGGAUGCAUGAAAUCAGGUCCUGUCCUUGCUCAAAAGGGAGUGAGAUAUCAUGAACCUGAGUAUUGGAAAUUUGGCGAGGAGGGAAACAAGUAUUUCCGUCAUGCUACAGGGCAGCUAUAUGCUAUUUCCAAAGAUUUGGCUAAUUAUGUAUCAAUAAACCAGCAUGUGCUACACAAGUAUGCUAAUGAGGAUGUCUCCUUGGGAUCAUGGUUUAUUGGGUUGGAUGUAGAGCAUAUAGAUGAUCGAAGACUAUGUUGCGGAACCCCACCUGAUUGUGAGUGGAAGGCUCAAGCAGGCAAUAUCUGUGUUGCUUCCUUCGAUUGGAGCUGCAGUGGGAUUUGCAAGUCCGCUGAGAGGAUUAAGGAGGUCCACCGGCGGUGCGGGGAAGGUGAAAAUGCUUUGUGGAGUGCAGUUUUCUGAAAAACAUGUCUUCCAACCUCUGGAGGAAGCAAGUGCAUUUCAUGAGUUUGUUGUAUUAUGGAUAUGAUGACGAGGGAAUUUGUAUGAAGCAUCAGACUGCACACAGAGAGAGAGAGAGAGAGAGAGAGAGAGAGAGAGAGAGAGAGGUUGCCGAUGGGAUUCUUCUCCAUUUUAGCUAGAGAGAGACCCGCGUAUGUAUCCGAUAGAGGUAGAGGAGCAAGACUGGAAUCAACCAUUCUUUUGAUGCUUUGAGGAACAUAUUGUUUCUUCCACGGCUCAAAGACGCAUAAUAAGUGCCAAUCCUUGGGGAAGCACUUGCUGCCUUUUGGUUUAUAAAUUAGUUAUUUUUUUUUUUUUUUCUUGCACUUUGAUGGGUUUUGUAUGCUUUUCAUUAUUGUAAAUUGGUUGGUGAUAAAGGUACCUUAUUUUUGUAAUCACUUUGCUUCAUUUUCAAGCUUCAUUAUGGAAAAUCUACAUUGAAUGUUAA